ACCGUCCAACGGAAAGCCUCGAACACUGCCCGCGAAGCACUGCAUACUUGUUGUUUUUUCAUUUUUUUCCCCGCUGUUCGCGGAACACUUCGCCACAUUCGAGUCGACCAGACUUAUCGUGGAAUUGACGUUCUUGUUUGAAUCAUUACGCAAUAUUGAUUCUUGAGAGCAUUAACGCAAGAUAGACAAGUUGCGUUUGAAGUAAAAUAUCGGAUGUAAUAAUCAGAGGAAAAAUAGACGUCAUCAUACAUAACCUCGAAGGCACGACGGAGUUGGCUGAAGUGAGGUUAGGUCGUUUGUACAAAUAUUUUUAUUAAUCUUGACACACUUUUCCGAGAUUAUUGUUUAAAACCCCGUAUUGCAGAUGUAGGUAUUCUAAUUUUUCAUUAUUUUUUUCUGCAAGUUUCAAGGUACGAAUAUAACAAAUCGUUGCUGUUGGAGCUAUACCAACGAUAUACUUCCACAACCAUGUUAUAAACUAACAAUUACUUAUUGAAGUUUGUUUUGUUUAAGCAUCAACAAAAACACAAAAAUUACAUUUCAAAUGUUACUACAGGCAUUCAAUCUUAGGACUAGUUUGAAAAGCUGUACAGGUUUUAGGUUAGAUUAUUUGUGGGAAUAAAAUUGGGACAAAUAUGUUCCCAUCUUUUAUUCACAGUAAAAAAUUGAUUCGAUAUAAAAAUAAUCUAUUCAAGAAAUGGGCAAUGUAUUGGAAAAAUUUGUAUACUGAUUACGCAAAUGUUGGGAUAACAACGUAUCAAGACUGUGUUGCCAAUCCAUUAAGAUUCAGUCUGACUUUGACUACGGCGUGGGGCGUUUAUUAUAUCAAAUCUCACAACCCAGACGAACUGAGUUAUCGUAGCGCUAUCAUUAAUGCAAAUAACUAUUUUACCCUCAUAUCAAGUACAGCUAGAAACCCUUCCACUACAGAGUAUUUGACAAUCAUUAACAAAUCAUUGUCCCAGGGACUUGCUCGCUAUUUUAGCUGCGGAUUGUUUUCCAUUGUAUGGAUAGACGAAUUUGAUGAUAUUGUUUCGGGAUAUAAACAGCAGUGCCGUUACUUAAAAAUUAGCUGGAUAGCAUUACCUGACAUAAUUAUGGCAUUUAAUAAAAUUUCCAUGGGUCAAAUCACGGCCCUCUCGAGGCUGUGUUACAAUCUGGCACGUCAGACAAGAGAUUCAGGUAUUUCAAAGUUUGAAAAACUAUCAGUCCUACAAACAAUAAAAGGCCAGUCGAGUUUAAGCAGCGAUCAAUGGAAGAACUUGAGGAAUGAAAUUAUGGCAACUGAUACGUCAAAUGUGGCAAAUAAUGUAAAUACUACAAUGCUUCAAUACUGUUUACACACGAAUAAUGUUGACCUUGGCACGUCGUGUAUGAAAUACUUGAGGGAAAAUGAUUUCGAAUUACAUCCGGCACUGGUUGGAGUGUAUUUUAAAUUAUUAUGGCAAAAUCCAAAUACUUUCACUGAAGAUCAUAGAAAACAAGACAUUCUAAGCAUCUAUAAUGAUCUGCGGGUUAAAUAUCCGCUUCUUGAUGCAUCAACAGCGGAGCAUUGUCUCAAAGUUAUUUCUCACACAGAAAAGUGGCGAGAUGUAAUAGAAUUAUUGGAAAUAAUAAAAAUAUCUUGUAAACCAUGUGGACACGCUUACAACAGUGCAGUCUGUGCUGCAUUUAAGAAUGGUGACGGUGAAUUAGCGUGGAAACUUCUUCAUGAGAUGGCAAUGCUAGAGCGAGUACCAAGUUCAGAUGCAUACAUAGCGUGUUUAAAUUAUUGUCUGCAGAAUUUUGAAAAACCUCAACAUCGCUUCCAAGAAAUAGAAAAGCUCUUUGAUUUUCUAGCACAAUAUUGGUUAAAACCCCAUGCAGAUGUUGUCAAUGAAAUUGCAAUUAUUUUUACCAAGUUGGGAUGGGUAGUAAAUACUGGUAUAGUAGAUUUAUCAGGUAGAUGCUCCACCUGCACUUACAAACUUUCACCGCCGUCAAUAACACAUCAAGAAUUUUCCCAAUUAUCACAGGUGGUACUUGAAAAGACCCUUAUUGGGCAAGAUGCUUACAAUAAGUCAACUCCAGCUGAGAUCCAAAAACUUAUCUAUUUCGUGAAUAAAACGAAACCAUACGACAUUGUAAUUGACGGGCUCAAUGUUGCAUAUCAAAAUAAUAGCAAUGAGGCUGGUGCUCAGAAUUUAGCCUCUCUGGUCAGAUUUUGCCUUGAUAGAAAUCAAACUGUCCUUGUAUUUGGUCGAAAACAUAUGUUGAAAUGGAACCGAAAUUAUAUCAAUUACAUCAAGAAUAAUGCUUUCCUGUUUCUCACUGAUGAUUUGUCAUUCGACGAUCCGUUUCUUCUAUACUCUACACUGGUAAGUGGACCACACACGAAAUUUGUUUCCUCCGAUCUAAUGCGACAGCAUAAAUUUCUUAUGCGUGAUCCGAUAUUGAAGACAGUUUUCAAACUUUGGCAAAUGUCUCACCAAUGUUUUGCAAAGUAUAAUAAACGUGGCAGAUUGACGUUCAUCAACCCCUUAAAAUUCUCGCCCAUUGCCCAAAAGGGCAUGCAUUGCUGGCACAUUCCGUACGGGGACGAAGCUGAUUCGAUAAAGGAAUCAUUUGAACCACCUUCAAAAUGGUUGUGCUUAGCUAACCGAAAACAUUUCUGUAAAUAG